AUGGUGGCAGUCACUGUCGCAACCGAUGACAGUGGACAGUACACAGCAAUCGGCGAUGCGAUAGCUUAUGCGCAGGAGAACAAUAUUCCGACAAUCACAGUGCUACCUGGAACUUAUCCCGCCGUCACUGUAUCAGCAACACCAUCCGUCGCAGUUCACGGUAAAUCCAGCAAUCCAAAUGACUUCACGCAAAAUCAAGUCGUUGUAUCAAAUGAUGGAACAGCUCUCGCAAUAUUAGCCGACAUCGCCGGAAUCACCGUCAAAAAUGUCAACUUUAUUGAUACCUCAUCCUCUGGCGAGGCAGCCUCCCUCAAAGGACAUAACAAUGGAUUCUAUCAGUGUCAAUUCAUAUCCGGUGCAACUGCAAUUACGAUAAACCCUGGUAUUGGCAUCAUUGCGAAUAGCUAUAUCGAAGCAUCCGACACGUUAAUAGCUGGCCAAGGAAAUCUUUACGUUUUUGACACAGCCAUUGUUCCCACCCAAGACUCGGCUUAUGUCGUCAAAAAUGAAGGAAUAAUACCCAACGGCAUGGCAGAUGGCGAUCCUGGUAGCGACUUGUUCAAAUCAACCAUUGUUAUCGAUCGAUCGUCAGUAUCGCAAAAGGCCAGAGGAAGCACCAAAAAUUGUUAUUUAGCCAGUGCUUCUGGAAAAGGCUCCGUCGUGGUAUACCGGAAUUGCAUGCUGGAGGGUCUGAUAGCACCUGCCGGCGUCCAUGUCGACAGCACAACCCAAGAUAAGAGCAACUUUAAUGGAGAAUAUGACAAUAGUGGCCCCGGGUCCUACUCGAACAACAGGGCAGCCAGGUCAAAGUACGUGAGGUUGCUACGGCCCUCGGACUUAUCGCCGUACUCCCUCAGCGCAGUUUUGGCAGGAGGAGCGCCGGCUUUUGCCACAUCUGAUACGACCUGGAUCGAUCCCAACGCGCUCGCUGCCAUUGAAAGCGCCGAUGUUAUCGGCCCUAACCCCGCUUCAGGUGGAUCUGGAGACGGCUCUGGAUCUUCAGGAGAUAGCUCACCGGGGUCCUCUGGUGGAGGUUCUGGCAGUGGCUCUGGAGCUGGGAAUGGAGAUGGCUCAGGCUCGUCCGGUGACGGCUCAGGUGCUACUUCCGGGUCUGGGUCUGGGUCUGGCACGGGCUCGAGUGGAUCAGCUUCUGGCAGCUCCGGCGAUGGGUCAGGUACAGGCACAGGAUCAGGAAACGGUACUGGAUCCAGUGCAUCCAGUGAUGGUUCUGCUGGCUCUGGGUCUGGCACAGGCUCCAGCAUAGGCUCUGGGAAUAGUGGAGCUAAUGAUGGAUCUGGAUCGGCGGGUUCAGGUUCCACAGAGUCGGGUGGUAGCUCUGGAUCAGGCUCCGGUGUUUCCAGUAGCUCCGGAGAUGGUUCAGGAUCAGGCAAUGAUUCUGGCUCUGGCUCUGGCUCUGGUUCAGGUUCAGGUACAGGUUCAGGUACAGGUUCAGGUACAGGGUCGGACUCGGGCUCAGGAUCAGCACUAGGCGAGAGCUCUAGCAACAGUUCUGGGUCAGGUUCUAGUGGGUCUGGUGAGGGUUCUAGCUCGGGAGAUUCAGGCGCAGGAGACUCUGAUUCAAGUAAUGGAUCUGGAUCUAGUGCUGGCUCAGAUUCCGGCUCAGGAGGCUCAGCACCCGGUGAUGAUUCUGGCACCGGUAGCUCUGGCACUGGCGGCACUGGCACUAGUGGUUCUGGCACUAGUAGUUCUGACGCCGGUGGCUCUAGCACUGGUAGCUCUAGCACUGGUAGUUCUGGCACUAGUAGCUCUAGCACUGGUAGCUCUAGCACUGGUAGCUCUAACACUGGUAGUUCUGGCACUAGCGGCACUGGCACUAGUGGUUCUGGCACCGGUAGCUCUGGCACUGGUAGCUCUGGCACUGGUAGUUCUAACACUGGUAGUUCUGGCACUAGUGGUUCUGGCACCGGUAGCUCUGGCGCUAGUAGUUCUGGCACCGGUAGCUCUAGCACUGGUAGCUCUGGCACUGGUAGUUCUGGCACUAGUAGCUCUGGCACCGGUAGCUCUGGCACUGGUAGCUCUGGCACUGGCGGCACUGGUACUAGUGAUUCUGGCACUGGUGAUAGUAGUGAUUCAUCAGGAGGUGAUUCAGGUGGUUCAAGCAGUACAGCCUCUGGCUCUGGAUCUACUGGCAGCGAAUCAGGAUCUUCUGGUUCUGGUUCAUCCGGCGAUGGCUCAGGGUCUUCAGGUGAUAGUUCAGGUACGUCAGGAAGCGACUCCUCCGGUGAGGGCUCAGGAUCUUCGAGUUCAGGAACCGGUUCUUCGGGUGAUGGCUCAGGUUCAUCAGGGGGAGGUUCUGAUUCAUCUGGCUCUGGGAUGUCUGGAGAUGGCGGGGGCUCCUCCGAUUCAGGGUCUUCUGGCUCCGGUUCAGGCACAAGCACAGGGUCUGGCUCGGGUGAUAACUCCACAACAUCUAGCUCCGAGUCCUCUGGCAAUGGCUCAGGAUCUGGGGAUGGAUCUAGCUCUAGUGGAUCUGGUGAUGGCUCCUCUGGUAAUGGAUCUGAUUCAUCUAGCAAUGGUUCAGGGACUUCCGGAGGUGGUUCGGGCUCUGGCUCGGGAAAUUCGAGUUCAGGAUCCAAUUCUGGCUCUGUAUCUGGUGACGGCUCCGGUUCCUCCAGUGAAAGCUCAGGGUCUUCUGGAAACGGUUCUAGCUCAAGUUCGGGAGAUAAUUCUGGCUCUGGCUCCGAUAACUCAGGGUCUGGCAGCUCCGGAGCGUCUUCCACCGGCUCGUCUCCAUCUACACCUCCAUCUACGGUCAUCGUGGUCACCGAUGAUGCAACUUCUUACACCACAACUACUAUUUCUGGUCCGACCUCUGGGUCAAAGACAACCACUACCGUUGGUGUGACACCAAAUGCAUUAACCGAGACAAUAACAACAAUAUCAGAGAUCUCGACUACUGUUACGACAACCAAGCCUGCAGUGACUUCGACGAUAAGAUCAAUCAUCGCGGUUGAGAUUGGGCUUGUGACUGACAUCAUCUCACUCAUUCAUCUUGGUACUCAAGUGCCUCUCACAACUACAAAGAUCGAGACUGGCAGGCUCGCAUCUACUGUCAUCAAAACGUUUACUGCCGAGGACUCGACGAAUAUGGCAAACAGUACACUACUAGUGACUCAAACUAUCACCGCCUCUGCGUCCCUCGUCACCUCGACUCGGACCGUGACAACCACCAAUGUCAAAGACUUGAGUCCAGGGACAUCCAAGAGUACCUCAACAAUUACAACCACCCUUGAACAAACUACGACAAAAACGGCCGAGCCAACCAUCAUCAUAUCAAGCUCAACUUUCACCGAGAUGGCCACCAAGAACACUACGACAACUCUCACAUGCAUCCCAGUAUCAAAGGCCAAGCGUGGCCUUCUCGCGCCCUUCUAUUAUGCUAUUGUCUCCACUGCGACCAGUACUUCAACGGUGACUGACUAUAUCACGACCUCAACGAGAACCAUCUCAGCUGCCAACGACUACACAGCAAACUUGGUCACAAAGACAAACACGGGCAUGCCCACUGUUGUAUUUUCCACUGUCACCUCAUUCUCGACAAAAACUUUCACAUCCACAAUCACGACUGGCACGACUCAAGUCACAAUCACGAGUACUUCAUCCAUCAUUCAUAAAGAAGCCACUCAGGAGCAAUCCACUCAAACUGUCACGGUGUUCCCGACAAGGACAUCAACUGUUACGGUAGCUGGAACAACAGUGACUUCAACGAGUCUCACGACGUCUACGAUCAUAUCAACCGAACAACCGGUCCCCUCAACAACUGUGGUGACGAUAACAUACACUGUAGAAUUGACAUCAGCCCUGCCAGUCAUAACUUCUCGGGCGAUCAAAACAGUAACGCAUACCAAACCCCCUGUCACGAUCACGUCUCAAGAUACCUCCACUACUACAAAGGUUAUCAAGACUGCCUCCACUACCACCAGCACAUAUACCCAAUUUGCAAAAGGUGCUAAGACCUGCUCUGCUUGA